UCAAUCAGGUUUUAUGUAGCCUCUCCCUCUCCCACCCUCCCUCUAUACGUGGAGUCCCUCCCUCCUCCGACACCACCGCCAGGCCAACAUAGAGGUCAGGACCUCCACUCUCAGCCACAGGCCACCCACGCCCUGUCCUUCUGUCCUUCUCUCUCCUCUCCAAUCCAUCAAAUUCCUCAAUUUGACUGGCCGAAGAAAGCUUAAAGAGAAAGAGGAAAGAUGGUGUCCGAGUUAAUAAAUGCGAAUCCGGUCAUCUACGAAAAGAAAGAGCGUCGGGUUCGUAGUGUUCCAAGUGCUGCUGCAGAUGAAUAUGUUGUUGAACCCAUUGACCAACAAGAGAUUUUCGACCAUAUUAGAGAUAUAAAGGACCCGGAACACCCUUAUUCGUUGGAGGAGCUCAAAGUGAUAACAGAAGAUGCAAUUGAAGUUGAUGAUGCUCGUGGCUACGUCAGGGUCACAUUUACUCCUACGGUGGAACAUUGUAGUAUGGCAACGGUUAUUGGUCUUUGCUUACGUGUUAAACUCUUAAGGAGCCUACCUUCUCGUUACAAGGUGGAUAUUAGGGUGGCACCCGGAUCUCAUGCAACCGAAGCUGCAGUUAAUAAGCAACUGAAUGAUAAGGAACGGGUGGCUGCGGCGUUGGAGAACCCAGGCCUCGUUGAUAUGGUUGAUGAAUGCCUUUCUCCUUCGUAUGAGUGAAUGAAUCGUUGAUCAAAUCGACUGGUCCAGUCAUCAGCAUAGUGCUUUUCUACCAUACAUCUUGUGGCCACUCAUGUUGAUAUAAUUUGAAUGGUCAGUUAAGAUGGGGAAUAUUGGAUUAUAAGAAAUAGUUACCCUUGUUUAAUGUUAUGGUCAUUGUUUUUCCUGUAGAGAUUAGUUUUGUAAUAAGAUACCACAUAAUAGCAUUAGUUUAUGUUAGGGAAAUUUUAUUUGAACCCAUGUAACCUCUUUCUACACUCAACUUACUCUCUUCACCCAUAUUUUGAUUAAAGAAUUAAUCUCUCUUUAAACCCAAA